AUGACAGAUAACUCGCUCGUGCACCGGCUCCCAACUGGGCCGCAGGCCCCCAUCAGUGAACCCCGUCGUUUUGCCAUCGUGACAAUCGGCGCGUACGGCUGCAUCUGUGCAUCUUUCUCGUACGCAUUCAAUCUCAUCUCGGAGGAGAUGCGGAGCCGCUACAACCUCACUGGCCGUGACAUCACAACUAUCAGCACGGUGGGUUUGGUGUUUUGCUACUUUGUUCUGCCCUACGCCUUCAUAUACGACCACUUUGGACCCAGACCUAUCUUCGCUUUAUCAACUGUACUGUUGCCACUCGGUGCGCUGCUCCUGGCACUUGUUUUCGCGGGCAUAGUUGAAGGUUCUGUUGUGCGACUCUCCGUCUUCAACGCUAUUCUCAAUGUGGGUUGCAAUCUAUUCGAUCUGGGAUGUAUGGUGACAGUAAUGAGUUACUUUCCAUCACACAAGGGUGCCGUUGUGGCCAUACUGAAGUCGUUUACCGGCCUCGGCGCUGCCAUUGUUGGAAGCAUUCAGCUUGCCUUCUUCGACGGUAAACCUGACCAGUACUUCUAUUUCCUGAUGGCACUGGUAUUUGCUGUUGGUGCCGUAUCCUUCUUUUUUCUGCGUCUUCCGUCGUACCAUCUGACGGGCUACGAGCAAAACCACCUCAGCAUCGAGGAGAAGGAGCGGAAGCUGGCGCGUAGGGCAGUGUAUCUUCGCCAGAAUCCACCCAGGAUCCGCUUUGUGAUUGGCAUUGGGUUGGUUAUACUGCUGAUUAUAUUCCUGCCGCUGCAGAGUGCGCUGGUGGCGUACCUUGAGCUUGGAAAGAACUACAAAGUGGCCUUUGCCGGUGUCAUCAUUUUUCUGACGCUACUGUACCCGACGAUUGCACUGCCCCUGUCGUUCAUGGAGAACAAGGAGCAGAGACAAUUCAAUGAGCUUGAGGAGGCUGGAGGUGCCUCGGACAGAGACGCUGAGCAAAAAGAGCCUGUUGCGGAAGGCGACAUUGUGAAGCUGGGAGAAGUGGUGGAGACAGACGUCGACUAUAUUGCACCACAGUACCAAGGCACAUUCCUGCACAACUUGUUGACACUGCGGAUGUGGGCUUUUCUUUGGUCCUUCUUCUGUGUUGUUGGCUCUGAGUUUGUCAUCAUACUUAAUGCAAGGUUUCUGUUUGCUGCGCUCUCGGAAUCCGAAGUGGACAGUUCACUGACGACGUUGUUGACGGUUAUAAAUGGUGUGGGCAGUGCUGUUGGCCGUCUGUUGAUGAGCUACUUUGAGGUCUGGUCGCAAAAGCGCAAGGCGGAGGAUAGAAUCCCCAUUACAAUCUCUCUGUUCUUCCCAACAAUUUCUGUCAUCGUGUCGCUGGUGCUCUUCCUCGUGCUUCCAAAGGCUGCGCUGCCGCUUCCGUACGCGAUUGCAGCUCUGGGCAAUGGUUUCUGCGCUGCUGUUGUUGUGCUGGUAACUCGCACCAUAUUUGCGAAGGAUCCUGCGAAGCACUACAACUUCUGCUUCCUCCCGACGAUGGCGUCCACAAUUUUGCUGAACCGUCUCUUGUAUGGUGAGUGGUACACACGUGAGGCUGAGAAACGCGGUGUGCUGGUGUGCUACAGCAGAGGGUGUGUGAUGAUGCCACUGUUUUUGCUUCUUGGACUGGUGUGCACGGCUUUCUUGAGCAACGCUUACAUCCACAUCGAGUACCGUCGUUAUUGUCAAAAAACGCUGGAGGAGAGGCGCCGUGUGAGGGAGGAGGGUGCGCUGCAGCAGGAGCCACUCAACAGCAACAUGGUGGAGGAGAUGCCAGUGUAUGGGUUGACUCGGUGA